UUCCCUCCUCUCAUCCAUUUGGAGCAGCCUUUAUGUGUGUGCGCGCGUGCGCGCGUUUGUGUGUGUGUGUGUGUGUGUGUGCAGUCAGUGGCACUUAAUCACAGAGCGCACCAAGGCAGGAGGCGGACCGUCGGGCGUGAACGAAAUAGUAACGGUGAACCGGAGAGGCAGCAGUGUGCGGGACAAGGAGCUAUCCAGAGGACGCAUCCAGCAGCCGCUCUCGGUUGUUGCUCCCCUCCUUUUUUUUGCAAACCGGAUCAAGUGUUGCAGUUUUUACCUCCUCGGUCGUCUCUUCCCCAUUUUCUUCUCGCGUCCGACUCGUUCGCCGCCGCCGCACACUUCGAUUUGGAGAUGUCCAAAAAAAGAGCAUCCGAUCCGGAGUCCCGGGUGAAGCAGCAAGCAGCCGCGCUGGGCACCACGACUCGCCUGCCUUGUUUCUCCCCGGAGUCUGUAGAAUGAAGACGGCUUUUUGAGUGAAAGAGUCCUCCCCCCCUUCCUAAAAAAGCGAAGCGCUUGAAAAGAUGUCGGUGCCUUUGCUGAAGAUCGGCGUCGUGCUCAGCACCAUGGCGAUGAUCACCAACUGGAUGUCGCAGACCCUCCCCUCUCUGGUCGGGCUCAAUACCACCAAGCUCACGGCGGCACAGGGAGGGUAUCCAGAUCGGAGCACCGGAGUGUUGCCAGCAAACCCAGAGGAAUCGUGGCAGGUGUACAGUUCAGCCCAGGAUAGUGAGGGGAGGUGUGUCUGCACCGUGGUGGCGCCCCAGCAGUCCAUGUGUUCACGGGACGCCCGCACCAAACAACUGAGGCAGCUGUUAGAGAAGGUCCAGAACAUGACCCAGUCCAUCCAGGUGCUGGACCAGCGAACCCAGAGGGACCUGCAGUACGUGGAGAAGAUGGAGGUGCAGCUCCGUGGCCUGGAGACCAAGUUCAGGCAGGUGGAGGAGAACCACAAGCAGAACAUCGCCAAGCAAUACAAGGCCAUAAAAGCGAAAAUGGAGGAGCUUAGACCGUUGAUACCAGUGUUGGAGGAGUACAAGGCCGAUGCCAAAUUGGUAUUGCAGUUUAAGGAGGAGGUCCAGAAUCUGACGUCAGUUCUAAGCGAACUUCAGGAGGAGAUGGGGGCCUAUGACUACGAGGAGCUCCACAACAGAGUGUCAAAUCUUGAGGAGAGACUCCGAGCAUGCAUGCAAAAAUUAGCAUGCGGCAAACUGACGGGCAUCAGCGACCCCAUCACCAUCAAGACGUCCGGAUCCAGGUUCGGCUCCUGGAUGACUGACCCUCUGGCGCCUGAGGGAGAUACAAGGGUCUGGUACAUGGACGGCUACCACAACAAUCGCUUCGUGCGGGAGUACAGGUCGAUGCAGGACUUCAUGACGUCGGACAACUUCACGUCCCACCGGCUGCCCCACCCGUGGUCCGGAACCGGUCAGGUUGUCUACAACGGCUCGAUCUACUUCAACAAAUUCCAGAGCCACGUCAUCAUCAAGUUCGACUUCCGCACCUCUUCAAUCAGCAAGUCCCGGCAGCUCGACUACGCCGGCUUCAAUAACGCGUAUCACUACGCCUGGGGUGGCCAUUCCGACAUUGACCUGAUGGUGGACGAGGGAGGCCUGUGGGCCGUCUACGCCACCAACCAGAACGCCGGGAAUAUUGUCCUCAGCAAGCUGAACCCCAACACGCUGCAGAUCAUCAAGAGCUGGACCACCAACCAUCCUAAAAGGAGCGCCGGCGAGUCUUUUAUGAUCUGCGGCACGCUCUACGUCACCAACGGCUACUCAGGAGGCACCAAGGUCUACUACGCCUACUCCACCAACUCCUCUACUUACGAGUACAUCGACAUUGCCUUCCAGAAUAAGUACUCACAUAUCUCCAUGCUGGACUACAACCCGCGUGACCGAGCUCUCUAUGCCUGGAACAAUGGCCACCAGGUCCUCUACAAUGUCACGCUGUUCCACGUGAUCCGCUCCGAAGAACUGUAACUGCCGGAAAAUGGAUUACAUACAUAAAUACAUAUUGUCUGUGUAGAGAUCUCCCUAUAUACAAAAAUAUAUCUGCGAAAGAAAAAAGACUCUUAUGGCAAGACCAUUCUAUUUAUAAUAUGAAAUAACUUCUACGGAGAGACUGACUGCAUCAACCGUGAAUGCAAAGUGGAUUGAAUGUGCAUAAACAUGAGACUGAAAAAAAAAAAAAAUACCAAAAUUGAAGGGUUUCAUUCCAAAAUGUGAUAUAUUUGUUACAGGAAAAAAAAAAAAAAGCUUUAUUUAAAAAAGUUCAUAUCACAAAAUCACAGAUGAUUGUUAGACGAACUGAACUGUUUUGUAAAUACAAAGUCUAACCAAGACUUCUGACUUUAAUAGUUACCCAUAGUAGUAACUUUAUUUUGAUAGCUGCCAUUGUUUUGGUUUUUUGGUUCGAGGGUAUUUUAUUUUGGAAUGAAACUCUUUAAUUGUUUGCCGCAUAGAAAAAUGAUUGUAAAAGUAGACUUAUAUAUAAGAUUUAAAAGAAUAAGAACAGAUGCCAAAAAAAAAAAAGAAAAAGAAUAAGAAAAAGUCACGCCUUUUUUUUUUUUUUAUAUAUAAUGGAAUAUCAACCUAAGCUCAUCCCUGUGGCUCCGGUUCUUCUGCAGAAAUCCUCCCAGCUGAACUUUUCUUUUGGUCGAUGGGGGUCCUGGGGAAAAAACAAAAAAAAACAAACAAAAAAAAUGAAAAGACUGUUGGUAAUAAACUGCCGGGACCCCCAGGUCCCAUGGACAGACAGGAAGGUGGGAGGUCAGUCUGGUCGGAAGACUUGAUAGCCUAAUGGGUUGCAGUGAAGUCUGUCAUUUUUAUCAAGUACAGUAGCAAAUCAAAAGUCUGUAGAGAAACAGCAAACAACAAUAAGAACAUCCACUAAAAGACCUGAAGGCACUGACUGUUGACAGCGCUGUUGUUUGAGAUGAUUUUCCUGUGUUAGUGACUAUGUGUGAAAAAGGCUUUCUUUGCAUGAGUGUUUUCUAUCACUCCGGUCUGCUCUUCUGAAUGUCUUUUUGCUGUAUGAUACUAUUUAAAGAAAAAACAAAAAACAGAAUGGAGGGAGGGAGGAGGGAGGGUGUAUGGUGGAAAACCUUUGGGAUUCGAGGAUUUACAAAUUCUACUUUCUUUCCUGCUUCUUCGUAUUUAGUUUUUCUUGUUUUGUUUUAUUUGUACUUCUUUGCAAUCAUUUUCUUUCUUUCUUUUUUUUUUUUUUUUCCAAAAUGUUCUCGUAUCACUGUAACUUGUUGGCACCGGUUUUGCCUAUCUGUAUUUGUUUAUUUGGACUGUGUGGGAGGAAUCUAUCGAGCUCACAUCUCUCUCUGAAGAAAAGGGAAAAAAAAAAAAAAAAAGAAAGAAAAAAAUUAAUAAUAACAGAAUGUACCAAGUAUUGUAUCCUGGGAACCUGGUCCUCUUAUCAGCGAUUCACAUCAUGCGCCUGUAGUAGGGAGAGUUUUCUUUUAGAGGAUAAUCCUGUCUCAUGUUUCCCCACACUGCUAGUGAAGGAUAAUGCUGUUUAAAUGUAUACCCUCGCCGAGGACAAAAGCUUUUCACUCUUUUUGCGCUUUGCUGGACAUGUGUUGUAUCUGAGAUGAGAUAGUUAAUGAUUCGUGUCAAUAAAACAGAGAAAUCUGA